AUGGUAAGUCUUGAAUUUCUUGACUUAUCAAAAAACACUUUGUCUGGGGUUAUUCCAAAAUCAUUAGAGGCACUUGUCCAUCUAAAAUAUUUCAAUGUGUUUUACAAUAAGUUGACAGAAGAAAUUUUCUACAGGGGACCUUUUGUAAACUUCUCAUCUCAAUUGUUCAUGGAAAAUGGAGAAUUGUGUGGUGCUCAAAGUUUGCAUUUUCCAAAAUGCAAGGCGAAAGAAGGUAGAUCUCAGAAAACAAUUACAUAUAUUAUAAUGGUGUUGAAAUAUAUUUUACCAGUCAUAGUAGCGACCAUUCAGUCCAUUCUUGCUUUGGCAUUCCUAUGCAUCCUAAAAUCUCGAAAGUACAAGCUUCUUAAGAAAUCAGAAAUGGAUCAAUCCAUGGCUUGGUGGAAAAGAAUUUCAUACUAUGAGAUUCAAGAAGCAACAAACAGAUUUAGUGAAAGCAAUUUACUUGGCAUUAGAAGCUUUGGAAAAGUGUUCAAAGGAGUUCUCUCAGGUGGGAUGAAUGUUGCCAUAAAAGUUUUUCACUUGGAAUUUGAAGAAGCAUUUAGGAGUUUCGACGCUAAAUGCGAAAUAUUAUGCAAUGUCCGCCAUCGAAACUUAACUAAAAUCAUUAGCAGUUGCAGCAGCAUGGAUUUCAAGGCAUUGGUUCUGAGCUACAUGUCUAACGGGAGCUUAGAGAAGUGGCUACAUUCAGAACAUCAUGGCUUGAGCAUGAUCCAGAGGUUAAACAUAAUGAUAGAUGUUGCAGAAGCAAUAGAAUAUCCGCAUCAUGGUGGCUCUGUACCAAUUGUGCAUUGUGAUUUAAAACCAAGCAAUAUAUUGCUAGAUGAAUAUAUGGUUGACCAUGUUGCAACGCCCUAA